AUGAUUGUACUGGGUACAAAAUAUGUCGAAGGCUUGACCUGUGACGAAGUAUGCAUUGGUGAGACGGGAAGGAUGCAGGGCAUAUGCGUCAAAGAACACCUAGCAGGCAAAGACGUUGAUAUAGAAUGCAAAAUCGUAGACUACGAGAACGAGAUCGGUGCUAAAGAUAUUGGAAGCGUUUAACAUGCGCGAGAGAAAUCCUGAGCUGAACAACCGAAAUGAUCACCACGCAAUUCUUAUCUCCCGACCGUAAAGUGUCUCAUUGUUCCCUUGCUGUCCAGGAAAUAGAGUGGCACGACAAUGCUGAUGGAAACGCAGGAGGUAUUUGUACAGCAGGUGAAAUGGAGUAAGCGAGUUCUACCUCUAACUCUUCUAUCCGAAGCCAACUCUCGUGUUGGGUGA